AGAAUCUUCCUGUAGAAGUUUAGAGAAGGAAACAGUUAUACAGAAUCUCCGCCAUGGCGAGCCAAGACUCCACAAACUCUCCAGACUUGAUCGUCGGAUCUUACGUGAGCUUCACAUCGACGACGGGCGACGAGUUCUACGAAGGAACGGUCUACUUCUUCGACCCAGAGGAUGCUAGUUUCGGGAUCGACGAUGUAUCGCGCACCAAGGUUAUUGCUGGUUAUAAGCGUGUUGAAGGGUGUUACCAGUUUUUUCUGAAAGAUAUCAAGGACUUGAGGGUGAUUCGUGUGCCAAAGCCAAAACCUACCACCAACACUACUACUAAGGAUGAUGAGAAGACUACUCCCGGUGAAGCAUCAUCUUCCACUUCCACUUCAACUUCAAAGUGACUCUGUUUCGUUGCAAAUACAUAUCGAGUCAUGUUACUUCCCUAUACAUAUAUGGUCUCUCAUUCUCAUCUUUUGCUUCCUCUUGGCUACUUUGUUCUGUUCUGUACAGAGCAAUGUUCAUAACUAGACUCUUACUAGUUUCUCAAAUAUCUGUUGUUUUAG